UCGUGCAAGCUUUGUCUAGCUCUAGAUGCCAGAAGUCUAUUAAAAGCUUAGAAGAUGGAACCAUUGGCAGGAUAUUUCCAUCAUGGAUUUUAAUAUCAGCAGUUGGAAAACUCUUCUGCUCAGUGUCUAUUUGAAACAGUUUCUGACUCGGCAGUUUUUAGUUGUGAUUGUAAGGCUUGUUUGUGUUGCUCUGUAACCUUAAGCCUUUGUACACACCCAGCGACUUAAGGUGGGCUCAGCUUGGCUUUAAAAUCAGUAUUCAGAAAUAGCCUAUAACUAAAUGUACAAAAUAACAUACAUUGAUCGCCCCUCCCCCCUGGGUAUGGCAUGUGGUGGAUAGGUAUGGUGAGAUCUCUGGUAUCUUACAUAUUUUCUGUAAUUAAGUCCUGCUUGAAGCUGCUUAGAUUUUUUUUUUUAAGAAGGUCUAGUAUCCUCCUCCUGUCUUAAAACCUUUUUUCUGUGUUCCAGCGCUGGUUUACAAAACUUCCUCCCGUGUUGACUUUUGAACUUUCCCGUUUUGAGUUCAAUCAGUCGCUUGGGCAGCCAGAGAAGAUACACAACAAGCUAGAAUUUCCACAGAUAAUUUAUAUGGACAGGUUCCUGUAUGGUAACAAAAAGCUUGUUCAAGCCAAAAGAGAAGAGAUCAAGAAACUGAAGGAUCAGAUAACGGUUCUACAACAGAAAUUGGAAAGGUACACAAGAUACGGUUCUGGUGCCAGCCGCUUCCCUUUACCAGACAUGCUGCAGUAUGUUCUUGAAUUUGCAGGUUCUAGGCUGCCCGGGGCUCCCCCCUGCACUCAAGACUUGACACCAGUAGCUGAAUGCCAAAUUUCAGAGACUCCUCCAAUGCAAAGCAGGGUGACAGUAACACAAGCUGAAAGUGCCAAGGUCGUAGCCUCUGCCCUAGCCACAUCUCGCCAGGAACCAGCCAACGAACCCAUCCAGUUUCCCAGGCUUCCUGUGAAGGUACCAGAAGGUCAUGUCCCUCAUGAGAUCACAAAGGAUGAAAUAAGUCUUGUUGUGGCCUGCCUGCAACGAUGGAGAGAAGAAGUUGAGCAGGACAUAAAAGACCUGAAUGCUUCUAUUGCACUGCUUUCCCAAUCUAUUGACCAGAUGUACUCAGAUCCUUUGCUUCAUCAGGUCCCUUACCACUUGCAUGCUGUCUUGGUCCAUGAAGGCCAGGCCAACGCUGGCCAUUACUGGGCCUACAUCUACAACCAGCCCCGAAAGAGCUGGCUCAAGUACAAUGACAUCUCUGUGACAGAGUCAUCUUGGGAAGAACUGGAGAGGGACUCUUUUGGAGGUCUGAGGAACGCCAGUGCCUACUGCCUGAUGUACAUAAAUAAAAAGCUGCCACACUUUGCUGCUGCUGAUUAUGUUAAUGGGCAGACCCAGAGAGAAGUGGAAUCUCUGCCUCUGGAGCUCCAGCACUACAUCCAAGAGGACAACUGGAGGCUUGAACAAGAGGUGGCAGAGUGGGAGGAGCAGUCGAGCAAGAUGGCGCAGAUGGAUCAGUCAUCACCAGCAGAGUCUCAGGACCUCUCUUCUUCUGACUUGGGACAAGAACUAUCUUCUUCCUCCAGCUCUGAACGGGUGGCACAUUCCCACUCCUCCGAACAUGCCAUGAUUGCCAAGGAACAGACGGCUCAAGCCAUUGCCAAGGCAGCUGAUGCAUAUGAGAAGGCUGGUGGAUUGGCAGCUCUUAACAAGUCAAAGGAGGCAGAACCAGUGCAGCACCUCCCAGAAGAAGCAGCAAACCCCACCAUUCAGGCAGAAGAGCCACAGGAUGCUAAGGGGAUGGAGUUUUCUGCCCCACCUAGCUCACAGAUCACUGAAGUGGAUAUCCCCAGUGUGGGAAAGAUUCUAGUUAGAUCAGAUGCAGAUGGAUAUAAUGAAGAGAUGAUGCUCAGUCCUGCCAUGCAAGGUGUGAUCCUGGCUAUUGCUAAAGCCCGUCAAACCUUUGAUCGGGAUGGGUCUGAAGCAGGGCUAGUUAAGGCAUUCCAUGAAGAAUACUCCAGGCUGUACUCGCUGUCAACAGAGACUCCAACACCACAAAAUGACCCCCGGCUUCAGCACGUCCUAGUUUACUUCCUGCAGAACAAUGCGCCAAAGCAAGUGGUGGAACGGACUCUUCUGGAGCAGUUUGCAGACAAAAACCUCAGCUAUGAUGAAAGAUCAAUUAGCAUUAUGAAGGUAGCUCGAGCUAAGUUGAAAGAGAUUGGUCCUGAUGAGGUGGACAUGGAAGAGUAUAAGAAAUGGCACGAAGACUACAGUUUGUUUCGCAAAGUAUCUAUUUACCUCUUAACAGGCUUGGAACUGUAUCAGAAUAAACAGUACUAUGAAGCUCUGACCUAUCUGGUGUAUGCCUAUCAGAGCAAUCUGACCUUGCGGAGGAAGGGAGCCAACAGAGGCGCCAAUGCAUCUUUAAUUGCUCUGUACAGAAGGAAAUGUCUCUUGAAGUUGAACGAUGCUGCAGCAGCUCUCUUUGAAAGUAGCAAUGAGUUGAGUGUGGAUGAAGGUGUGAACAUCUUGAACGAGCUGAUCAUACCCUGCAUGCACCUCAUCAUCAACAAUGAUACCUCAAAGGAUGACCUGGAUGCUGUUGAGAUCAUGAGAAAUCGUUGGUGUGCUUACCUGGGAAAGGACAUGAAUGAGGACCUGCAACUAAAACUGAGUGAAUUCCUACCCCGCCUGCUAGAUGGUUCCUCCGAGGGCAUCGUUCUGAAAGAACCGCCCAAGAUCCGCCCCAAUUCUCCCUACGAUCUCUGCAGCCGAUUUGCAGCUGUCAUGGAAUCCAUUCACGGGGCCUCGACUGUCACUGUCAAAUAAAAACUGCCGACUGUACUGUAUUAAGCUCUGGAGACCACGUGCCCACCAGCGUGUGGCAUCCAGCUGCCGACCACCUUUUGGAAUGGAGCAAGGAAGAGAGAUGCUACGUUGAGACAAUCCACAUUCAGACCUAACCAAAACUGUGCUUAGAAAAGGGCUAAAUGGGACAUGACAUGGGCAGGCACUAAGUCAGAACAUAUCUUGAGGUUUCACUGUUUUACGUUGCCUAUAACUGCGUUUGCCUUGGCUUCCUACAAGAACACGGUAGGAAGACUUUUAUUUUUUUAAACGGAAAUUUUAAACACAGCAUAUUGUACAUAUAUACUUCUGUUGUGCUCAAUUCUUAUGGAGUAUGCAGUGGUUUGAUAUGCUCAUUGUGAGCAUUCCAUGCACACUCUGUUAUAUUUUGAAUGCACUUGCCACAUAUGUUGGGCUAUUCAUGUGUCCUAAUGCCAGCAGUAUGUUAUCAGUGCUGAUAGCUGUUGUGCUGUCACUACAUAUGACUGAGCCAACACAAGGGGGUGCAUUUAAAGCACAAUGGGGAGCAUGUAACCUGGAGCCUGUUUAAACUGGACCUCAGCGACAUCAAAGCAGGACUGAUUCAGGGAAUAAGCCAGACAGUCGUAGGUAAUUUUAAGAGCAAUAAUUCACAUUCACCUUUUUCGUGUAAAAUGGGAGCCUAUCAAUUGAGGCCCUUCCCAUCAGGUAUCUCCUGAUGUGGCGGUAACAGAAGAACCUGGUAGCCUGGGUUGUACAAAAUACAGGCAUUCAUGCACACUGCAUUUGUGUGUGUUGGCAACUCAAAACACAGUUGAUGCCAUCAGGAGAAAUGGUGAUGGUGGCAAUAUUUUACAGUUGCUACAGAAUUGCAGAAGUCAUUCCAGGACAAGAAUAGAGAUGCAAAACAAAACCCAUAAGGAAACUGCUUUCUCUGACCUCCCAAAGCAUAUCUCUUUUAUUACCAAUCACUGAAUUUUCAUUACCAGGCUAGUAUUGGCAGUGACAAGGGCUCUGAAGUCAGGAAUAAUAAACCUUUCUAAAAAGAUACAGCUUAACUGGCAAAGUCUACUGCCAAUAUUUUAAAGCAAUCUUUGUUUUACUGGAAUACAUUGGCAAUCGGGAUGUAAAUGGAAAUACAUAUUUGAUAAGCCUUUUUCUGUUUUAAUUAAAUGUGCAAUAAAGAAUUUUACCCUAUUUAAA